GCCCCCAACGGCCCGAACAAAAUGUAGGUUGAUCGUUUUGAGUUUCAAGACAAGACCAUGGCAUUUACUCGUGCAGCCGGUAUUUUAUCCAAAUUUGUACCCAGCAGAUGUCCUAUAUUUGCAAGUCAUGCAAGCAGAAGCCUCUCAAUGUCCUCAGCCUUGGCAGCCCGAACACAUGUCAGCUAUGAGCUCAAGGAAGAUGUGGCAGUUAUACGACUCAAUGAUCCCACGUCCAAGGUGAACACCCUGUCAGUGCAGCUGCAGUCGGAGCUGACAGAGGUGAUGGGAGAGAUCUGGUCCAACGGAGCAGUGAAAAGUGCAGUCCUCAUCUCCAGCAAACCAGGCUGCUUCAUAGCUGGGGCAGACAUCAACAUGAUUUCAGCCUGUAAAAGCAGCCAGGAAGUGACCCAGCUCUCACAGGAGGGGCAGAAGAUGUUUGAGCAGAUCGAGAAAUCACCCAUCCCCAUUGUGGCUGCUAUCAAUGGAUCCUGUCUGGGUGGAGGCCUAGAAUUUGCUUUAGCCUGCCAGUACAGAGUUGCUACCAAGAGCCGUAAAACAAUCUUGGGCACACCAGAAGUCAUGCUGGGACUUUUGCCUGGAGCUGGUGGAACUCAAAGACUGCCUAAAAUGGUGGGCCUUCCUGGAGCAUUUGACAUGAUGUUGACAGGCAGAAACAUCAGAGCAGAUAAAGCAAAGAAGAUGGGCUUAGUGCAUCAGCUGGUUGAUCCUUUAGGCCCUGGGGUGAAACCUGCUGAAGAAAGAACUAUUGAAUACCUGGAGGAAGUAGCUGUAGAUCUGGCCAAAGGAAUUGUCAACAAGAAGGUGCCCCUUACAAAAGAGAAGAGCCUUGUACAAAAAUUGCAGGACACAGUCAUGGGGCUUGGUCUAGUGCAAAACAAGAUCUACAAAACUGUGAGUGAGAAGGUACAGAAACAAACAAAAGGGCUGUACCCCGCUCCUGCCAAAAUCAUUGAAUGUGUCCAAGCAGGUAUGGAGAAGGGCAGAGAGGCAGGUUAUCAAACUGAAUCUGAGAACUUUGGACAGUUGGCAAUGACUCCAGAAUCCCGGGCUCUGAUUGGCCUAUAUCAUGGUCAGGUGACUUGUAAGAAGAACAAAUUUGGGAGUCCAGAGAAGGAAGUGAAAAAACUGGCCAUACUGGGUGCGGGGCUGAUGGGGGCAGGUAUUGCACAGGUAUCUAUUGACAAAGGGUUAAACACCAUCUUGAAGGACACCACAGCACAGGGCAUCAGCAGAGGAGAGGAACAGGUCUACAAAGGUCUGAACACUAAGGUGAAGAAGAAGGCUCUGACGUCCUUUGAGCGUGAUGCCACUCUGUCUAACCUCUCUGCUCAGCUAGACUACUCCGGCUUCCACACGGUCGACAUGGUGAUCGAGGCUGUGUUUGAGGACCUCAGCAUCAAGCACAAAGUCAUCAGGGAAAUAGAGGAGGUGAUUCCUCCUCACUGUGUUUUUGCCUCAAACACUUCUGCUUUACCCAUCAAGGACAUCGCCGCUGCCAGCAAACGCCCAGAAAAGGUGGUUGGUAUGCACUAUUUCUCUCCAGUGGACAAAAUGCAGUUACUUGAAAUCAUCACCACACCACAAACAUCAAAAGACACACUGGCUUCAGCUGUCAGUGUUGGCCUCAAACAAGGGAAGAUUAUUAUUGUGGUUGGAGAUGGCCCAGGAUUUUACACUACUCGCUGUUUGGCUCCCAUGCUAGCAGAGGCUGUACGAGUUCUUCAGGAGGGAACUGGACCGAAAAAGCUGGACACACUAACCACAAAUUUUGGUUUCCCCGUGGGAGCUGCGACUUUGGCCGAUGAAGUUGGAAUUGAUGUAGCAGCCCAUGUGGCAGAGGAUCUUGGUAAAGCUUUUGGUUCUCGAUUUGGAGGUGGAAACAUAGAGGUGCUCAAGACAAUGGUGGACAAAGGUUUUAAAGGUCGUAAAUCUGGCAAAGGUUGUUUUGUCUAUGGAAAGGGCAAAAAAGGGAAGACUGUGAAUGCAGAUGCUGAGAAAAUUCUCCAACAAUUCAAAUUGUCUGCCCCAGCCACAGUAUCCACAGAUGCUGAUAUCCAGUACAGGCUGGUGUCUCGCUUUGUUAAUGAAGCAGUGCUGUGCCUUCAGGAGGGGAUCCUGACUAGCCCAGUAGAGGGCGACAUUGGAGCAGUGUUCGGAUUGGGUUUCCCUCCCUGUUUGGGUGGUCCGUUCAGGUAUGUGGAUUCGUUCGGGGCGGAUAAUCUUGUGCGUAUCAUGAGGAGAUUUGAAGAAGUUUAUGGAAACCAGUUCACACCCUGUCAGCUGCUCCUGGACCACGCCAAGGAUCCCAGCAUGAAGUUCCACCACUGAUUCAAAAAUGCUGAAAUAUGGACAAGUUAGUGAGAAGGGUCUGUGUUUUUGUUAGUGGAGAGCAUAACUGUUUUGACAUUUUUUUAAUUUUGUAAUUUUACAGUAUUCUACAAAAAUAGAUCUCAGUCAAGCCAAAUAGCAUUUUCUUUAACAACUCCAUAGUGAUAGAAUAAAGAAUAACUGCCUUGUUUUUUUCCAUUGGUGCAACCAUAACUAUUUUUCUGUUUCAUAGGAUUGUUUGAGUUUACAUUAAUAUGCCGUUUUCAUUAAUGUAUAUUUUAUUUCAUGGCCAAGAUAAAUAUAAUUGUAUAUUGUCUUACUAUUUUUUAGGCAUAUUACACUGACCAGCCUUACUCUUACUCUUUAUUCUAUAAGCAGUAAGUUUCAAGUUUCAAAGGAAGGAAUACAUGAGCUCAAGUAUUGUAAUAAGAUUGUAACAACUUUCUAUUUAUUUUGGUAUUUUUCUUUACUGAUUUGCCAUCUUGGUGGAGUACAAAAACUACUGGCAUAAGUUAUAUUCAGGGAUUUUGUCUAUGUCAUAUCUAUGUAAAAAUAUUGGGCUGUUGGACUGUAUUUAAUAAUAGGGCUGUCAUAGAUUCCACAAAUAUUCAUGGUAUGCCGGCUUGUAUGAAAUGUGAAAUCCGGUAUAACGCCAGUGAAAGAGUCUGUGAUGUUCUCCAAAAGUAUUCCUCUUUAUUGGACAGAAGUAUUUUAUCACAUGCAUCAUUAGUAACACUACAGUUCUCUAUCUGUACCAUCUCUCCUGGGUCUAUAAAGUGCAGGGCAUGUUGCAGUGUUUCAAUACUGUGCUUAGAAAACCUAAAAAUUUUAUUUUUAAAGCAACACAACAUAUCUAUUAAAGGACUUACAAUGUUUCUUAAAA